AUGCUAAAUCAACAAUAUCAAGACCCAUUUGUUGCUAUUGUUGUUGAUCCAACUCGUACAAUAUCAGCUGGUAAAGUAAAUAUUGGAGCAUUUCGUACAUAUCCAGAAGGAUAUAAAGCUGAAAAUGAAAUGAUUGAUUAUCAACCAAUACCAUUAAAUAAAACCCAAGAUUUUGGUGUUCAUUAUAAAAAAUAUUAUUCACUCGAAGUAUCUUUUUUCAAAUCGUCACUUGAUAAACGCCUACUUGAACAUUUAUGGAAUCGAUAUUGGGUUAGUACAUUGAGGUGA